AUGUUUCCCAACAUGAUUUCGCCAUCUCCUCUGUACCAUACUUUUUUCCGGACGGCACAUUUAGCAGGACAGCCUAACGCUACCGCUGCGUCAGCUUCUUUUCUUGUGGAGAACCUUUUAAGAGACAGAGGACAUGCCCUAUUAUCACGAAAUGGGCCGGGAAGUGCAGGGAUAGUUUCCCAUCCCGGGACAGGACAAAGCCAGGAUGAACACAUCGUACCGUCCUCAAUCAGUAGCCAAAAUCCGACACCCUAUCUGAAGUUCGGAGUAAACGCUAUACUCGGUGCUGGAGGAGAACAAACGACAAAAUUAAGUGACAAGACGCCGUUGACCCCGGGAAUGGUAAGCAAUCCUGGAUCUGCCUCCUCCACGCCCCCUACAACGUGCGUGAAAAGUUCGGGGUAUGGCGGUCAACAUUUCGGCUGCCAAGGAUGUUCCGUCCGUCACCCGUCCGUAUAUGACAAUCACUUUUCCGGUUUUCUUCGCCAUCCCUACCUCGCUGCUCCUCCUCUCCUGCCGGUGCCGAACGCCUUUUCAUUUCUGACUAACAUGCGGGGAAAGCCAAGGAGAGGGAUGUUACGGCGAGCUGUUUUCUCAGACAUGCAGAGGAAAGGCCUGGAAAAAAUGUUCCAGAAACAGAAAUAUAUCAGCAAGCCAGAUAGGAAAAAGUUAGCGGCGAAAUUAGGACUGAAGGAUUCACAGGUGAAAAUAUGGUUUCAAAACAGACGAAUGAAAUGGCGAAAUUCCAAAGAAAGAGAACUUUUGUCGUCCGGUGGAUCUCGAGAUUCAGCUCUAAACAGCAAAGACGAGGAAACAGACUCUCAUUUCGACCAACCUCCAAAGGACGACGAGGAUGAUCUCAUGCACGCUUCAGUGAACACAGAUAACAACAGUGCUUUGGACUUGUCAUCAGAAAUCUCUAAAAGAGAAGAGGGAAGCGACCCGGCGGAUUCGUCAGAUGACGACGAUGAUUUGAUAGAUGUGUCCUAA